AUGUUUUUCUCAUCACCCACCUCCAACAUAACCCCAGCUAUGACAUCGGUGGCCAUGUCACGCUCAGACUCGCGCGACUCAACCUCUUCCACCAACACCACUUCGUACGCGCCCACAUCCGCGUACUCGGCCCUCCUGAGCGCGUCUCCCACCUCGGCGUGGCCAACUUCUCACGCACUAGCUCGCUCAGACAGCAAUACAUCCACGACCCCUUCACAAUCCUCACAGACAUCUUCAGUAGCCAUGCGACGGGACAGCAGCAACUCAGCUUGGCUCCCCAGCCCCUACAGAUCAUGCAUGUCAUCGUUCGGCUCGGAACCUAACUCUUACUUGUCCGACGACGAUCUCCUCUGCCCAGCUGAGGAGAUGAAGUUGCCCAUCGAGACCAUUCCCACUCUCGCCCCCAAAAAGGAACUCACCACCGAGGAGCAAAUCGCCCUCCUCCGUGAGUUGCAAGAGAGAGAAAGCGCCUCCAAUCAUCAACAACAACAACAGGCAGCCGCACAUUACGUGCGUGAGGCCGAGGCAAGACGCAAAGUCGUCCGCUUCGCCAGCCACACUGAUACUCCUAGCAAGUCUCGCAGACCGAGCACAGUGAAGAGACGCCAGAACAGUGUCCGACGUGGGUUGAGUCACUUGAACGGACCUCUUUGA